AACAGGAUUGAAAAUCACUUCGAUCACACAAAGAUCAUCUUCUUGGUAAAGUAGGGUUUUGGCAUCAAUUAAGAGAACUUGGGUUUUUACAUUUUGUUGAUAGAUCACAUCCGUCUAUGUAAUUAACUAGCAUUUAACUGACCCCCCACCUCCUACAGAAGAGUAACCUCUCAUUUGCUGCAGGCUACUUUGUUUCAAAAGGGAUGUACAAAAACAGUGAAUAAUGCACGAUUCCAGAGAACGCCUCCUUCAGUGUUAUUUGGGAAGGAGACGGCAAUGUGGCAGGAUUCCCAUGCAUAUUCUCUCAUGUCUGAUUCCAUAUCUGUUCAUCCAUAGCUAUUUACAAGUGAUUAGAUUAAGGUUUAAUGAUGUAGCCAGCUGUUGUUAAUUAAGAUAAUACUUCAAAAGCUGAGGGUAGUUUGGUUGUUUCAUCAAUUCUAAACAACUCAUUAAAACAUUUAUUACUGAACACCAUAAUUUGUCACUAUAUGUAUGUUUUAUUUGUUUAUUGCCAAAUACUGUAAUUGACCACCAUCUUUAAAAUAACGUUGCAUUCAGAUAAAAAUAAUACAUUUAUUCAGUCUUCAGCAAUAAUGGAACGGUUUUAUCCAACCCAUUCCUCUCUCUGUGGAUGUGACACUCGGAUCUAACCUGCUGGAGAACUUUGUCAGCCUGGAAGCCACCACAGUGAAGAAGAUCAACUUUGAGAAAAUAAUGAAACAAGAUAUAAAACAACCAAAGCACCUUAAAGAGCAGCUUUGAGUGAUCCUGCAUUGACUUACCAAUAAUUAAUUAUCAAUUAUCUGAAGAUGAAAACCAUCACUUGAUAAACAGUGAAAAGGCAGAAUGGCAUACCGGCUAUGCGUGACAGGAUGCGCGGGUCCCAUUCCUGCUGGUGUCAAAGCGCGAGAACGAGCCUGGGGGCGGAGCAGCCGCAACUCAUUCAGUACUGCCAUGGAAACCGGUAAACGCAAAAGAUGGCUGGGUCUGCACAAAAUAAACACUGAACUGGUAGUAAAUUGAUGCAUCGAUUAAAUAUCCUUAGCACUGGAUUAUAUUUUCAUGCUUCUCGCAUUUGCUUCUUUUUUUGUUUUGUUUUUAACACCGACGUGCAGGAAUAAAGGAUAAAGGAUGUCUUUCGGGCCCAGCAAUGUCCUCAGAAAUGGAAAGAUGCAAGCCACGAUGAGCACUUGGACGCCGCUGAACCACCAGCUGUCUAAUGAUCAUAUAUUUGAAGAGAGGAGAGCCUUGCUUGGAAAAUGGUUUGACAAGUGGACAGACUCCCAGCGGAAACUGGUGCUGCAGGAUUUCUUCUCCAGAUGCUCCGCAGCUCAGCUCAAGUUUCUGCGUAGGAAUCUUUGCAGCCGGGUCCCAGGAGAUGCCCUGGACUUUACCGCUAUGCUGCCCAGAGUGCUGUCCCUCUACAUCUUUUCCUUUCUGGACCCGCGGAGCCUCUGCAGAUGUGCACAGGUGAGCUGGCACUGGAAGAGCCUGGCGGAGCUGGACCAGCUGUGGAUGCCCAAAUGCCUUCGCUUGGGCUGGUGCAUCAGUUUUGCUCCCUCACCUUUUGAGCAAGGUGUGUGGAAAAGGCACUACAUCGAAACUGUACAGGAGCUGCACGUCACUAAGCCAAAGGCCCCUUGCCAUCAGGAGUUUGUGGUUCCGGAGGUGAAGGUGAUUGGCUGUCAGAAGGAGGAGUCACUUGCGACUCACACGGGAUGGGUUAGAUCAGCCGGAUCUGCCCGGCGUGGGGGGAAGGGUGCUUCAGCUGAGAAGGGGUUGCCCCCGUGGCGGGACUCUGACAGACACCCGACGGACACACUGCGCUUUAACUAUCUGGAGAACCUGGACCCCAUCGAGCAGGCCAACCUCACACGAGCAAAAGCUAAGAAGAUCGACACUGCCACGAGACACGAAAACGGCAGGAUGAAGCCACUGUGUGACCCCAGCUACAAGCUCCGCAAGGCUAGAUCACUACAGUUCCUGUCCUUGGACCCGAACUCCCGGCAGCAGAGACAAAGCAGGCCGAAAUGGGCCACAAGUGCGUCCUCGGAGUACCCGGUUACCAAGGACACAGCAGACAAGCUGAGUCAGGUGCCCCAGUGGAAUGCUGGGAUACGCCCAACUCCAGUGAGGGACCCGGUACCCAGAAUGAGCGAAAGAGGGCUGAAGGCAUCACUGCGUUCUCAUAGAAGCUCCCCAACGGUACGGUUGUUCGAGGGACAGCCAUAGAAGAUUCCUGCCUCAAAUCAGGGUUCAGCCAAGGACUGAAUGUGGUCUGGAUACUCCAGUACACCCUGAAGCAUAGGCCAUAAACAUCCAGCCUCCCAGAUGUAGCAAAUUAACAGUAUGGGGUAAAGGAAGAUGCACAACUAUCAGAAUGGAUCCGGAAAGAAAAAGAAUGUCAUGCUUCAGGAAUGCAGGUAAAUAGAGUUUAGCGAAUUGCUCAGGGUUUUAGUAGCUGUCUGGUGGAAGGGCGCUUUAUAGCAAUAGCAAUUUUGACAGAGCCAUCUUACAAAUCUGCCAAUUCCCAAAUGUUUUUUUAAAGUGACAUUAAAUCAAUGAUAUAUAAUAAAAAAUAAAACCUGACAUGACCUUAUUUCAUCAAGCAAUUUGAAAUAGACUUGCUGCCAGCUCUUAAACAGCAAACUAAAAAGCAGAGCCCCUAAGAGAGACCACUCCUAAUUCUAGUGGCAUUAUGGCGCGAUUUGAAAAUGCCGUGCUGACAGGUGAGCCACUAUCCCAUGAAUUUGGUGGACUUACUGGAACCGCUGAAUGAUUCAUUCCUUAGUGUUUAAUCAGUGCUUUGUGGGUAGCGAGCAUUGGCGAGCAUUUAAAAAGAGAAAAGAAAAAAACGGCAAGUUGUGCACACUGUCGUGCUUUAGAAGACUGAUAAUAUAAUCCACUAGCCUGCGGUUACACCUGUGCGGAGAGGGUUCGAGAGCAGUUUCAGAUGUAGUACUUCCUCCAGGCUGCAAGUGGCAGGCAGAAGCAGCCACAGGAUGUCUGGUUUAAGAGCACAGGAUACAGCCCCUAAGCGACCACACACUCGCUGUGUGGCAGACUUCCCAAAACAGCGCACAGAUGCCUUACCGGCUAAUCAGGUCACCUGUGCAUUUUUUUUUACAAAACCACAGGCUUAUUCCCGCAGAAUUUACCUAAAGGGAACCAGAGUGAAUAUAAAACGGUAUCAACUGUUUGUUUGGUUUGAGAAACUAAAAUACUGGAUUAUGUAUAAGAAUCCAAGUCAAAAUGUUAAAGUAUGUGUGCUAACGGUUUUGAUAACACUGUUCAAUUCAUAAUGUAAACAUGGGGAGGCGCAGAAAUGAGGUACCUUAAAGCUCCACCUUGGCACAACUGGGGCAUUCAGGGCAGUUAAUGAAUCUGCACAGAACCAUUAAAAGGGAAUCUUCCCCAGGACAUGUAGGUUAUCUGGAUGACGUUUCAGGAGCAGAACUGAAAAAUGCUGCUUUUAUUACAGGCCUACAUUUACCCACAUCCCAUCUUACCAGCUGAUUCAGCUCUUUUGGUUCUUGCGGCGGUUUACCGAAAAAGGGGGAAACGGAUAUAAAAUAAAUAAAUAAAAAAAAUCCCCCAUCUAU